UGCGCUCACCCCGCAAUACGUCUUCUACAAACUUCUCUCCUCCUUUGUAUCUUAUAUAUAUUCACUCCCGCACUCGCAAUCCUCAGCUCAGUGCUUGUGUUGUCCACGCUCUCUCCAUCCUUAGGGUUUAUACAUUUUACUUCCCCCGUUCAUUCAGAAUCCGUGAAAAUGGUGAAGAACUACCCAGUUGUGAGCGAGGAGUACUUGAAGGCUGUGGACAAAUGCAAGAGAAAGCUUAGGGGUCUCAUCGCUGAGAAGAACUGCGCUCCUAUCAUGCUCCGUCUAGCAUGGCACUCUGCUGGUACAUUUGACCAGUGCUCAAAAAGUGGAGGUCCUUUUGGAACCAUGCGAUUCGAGGCUGAGCUUGCACAUGCUGCCAACAGUGGUCUUGAUAUUGCUUUGAGGCUCUUGGAGCCCAUCAGGAAGCAGUUCCCAACUCUCUCUUUUGCGGACUUCUACCAGUUGGCUGGGGUUGUGGCUGUUGAAGUUACUGGAGGACCUGAUGUUCCAUUCCACCCAGGAAGGCCGGAUAAGGCUGAACCACCUGUUGAAGGCCGCUUGCCCGAUGCUACCAAGGGAUCUGACCACCUGAGGGAUGUCUUUACCAAGCAAAUGGGUCUGACCGAUCAGGAUAUUGUUGCACUCUCUGGCGGCCACACUCUGGGAAGAUGCCACAAGGAGCGAUCUGGAUUUGAGGGACCAUGGACUUCAAACCCCCUCAUCUUUGACAACUCUUACUUCACGGAGCUUCUGAGUGGAGAGAAAGAGGGUCUUCUGCAGUUGCCAACAGACAAGACUCUUCUGACUGACCCUUGCUUCCGCCCAUUUGUUGAGAAAUAUGCUGCGGAUGAGGAUGCGUUCUUUGCGGAUUACGCUGCGGCUCACAUGAAGCUCUCUGAGUUGGGAUUUGCUGAUGCCUAAGCUGGAAGGUGUUGCAAUUGAGGGAGUGAUGACCUAUUUUGCUCGGAUUUAUGUUCUAAUUCUGAGAAAAACAUGUUGAAUCUGUUUUGUGCUUGUUUCAGUGGAUGUAUUGGGUUUUGUCAUUGUAUUUGUUUCUAUCGAUAAAUGAAAUAUGGUCACCUCCCUCAUUUAGAAUA